AUGAACCACCACCACCACCACCAUCACCACCCAUAUAAAGUUUUGUCAGAUGAUGAUAUAGAUUUUUUCAUUCGCGCGAUUGGUGCAGAAAACGUCGCACAAACCGUUGUUACCAAGAGGAAUGAGAAGAAGAAGAAGAAGACACCGUAUGUGCCCGAGAGUGAUAAUGAUGAUAAUAAUAGUAAUGAUAAUAAAAGUGAGGACGAGGUGCUAUUGAUAGAGUUAAAUACAGAUUGGCAGAAAAAGUAUUUCGGUAAAUCCAAGUGUGCGCUGUUCCCGCGAACGAGCGAAGAGGUUUCUGAAAUUUUGCGAUAUUGUCACGAGAAUCACAUCGCCGUGUGUCCGCAAGGUGGGAACACCGGUUUAGUCGGAGGCGCCGUACCUGUUUUUGAUGAAGUUAUACUUUCAUUGAAACGCAUGAACUCGGUGUUGAGUAUAGACGAUAUCACUGGCGUGUGUGUGUGCGAAGCUGGGGUUGUUCUAGAAGAACUAGACGAUGCUCUGAUGCGACGAGGGAUGUGCGUGCCUUUAGAUUUGGGCGCAAAAGGUAAAUGUCAAAUCGGAGGCAACGUAUCAACAAAUGCCGGCGGUUUGCGUCUGGUCAAGUACGGCUCUUUGCGAGGAACUGUUUUAGGCUUAGAAGUUGUCCUCGCGGAUGGAACGGUGUUGAGUUCUUUGCUCAGAGAAAAUAGAAAAGAUAAUACGGGAUACGACUUGAAGCAGUUAUUUAUUGGCGCCGAGGGAACGCUCGGCAUAGUUACGAAAGUUGCCAUCUUAGCGUCCCGAGCGCCAGAGGCACGAAUCGUUACCAUAUUUGCCUGUGAUACAUUUCGAAAAGUUGUGCAUCUCAUGGUUGAGGUGAAAAAGAGAUUGGCGGAGAAUCUGUCAGCUGUAGAAUUUUUCGAUCAUGAAAGUCUUAAACUCACUGUCGACACAUUACCUGGAGCGAAAGAUCCAUUCCCCUACGCCGACGAUUUGAAAACAAACAUACAAUUCUACGUCGCAGUGGAAACUACCGUAAACGAAAAGGCUAUGGAGAGUAGGUUGAGAGCAAAUGUGUUAAAUUUUGCGCGCUCAGUGUGUGUCCUUGCGGAGGAUGGAAGGAAAAGUAGGGGAAAAUUUGUGAGCAUUCUUCAGAAAAAAUUUCGCGGCGACGAAGCAGAGAGGAACAAACCAAAUUUAGCGCAACGGUUUGUGAUAUCCGAAAACGAAAAACACGCGAAUGAGCUCUGGAAUUUACGCGAACGCAUAUCCGUGGCGUUAAAAUACGCCGGUGCCGUGUACAAGUACGACGUUUCGUUACCAACGAUUAAAAUGUACGAGCUUGUCGAGAGAAUGAGAGAACGCUUCGCCGAGCGAAGAAUGGAUGAUAAAGUCAAAGUUUUAGGAUACGGUCAUCUCGGCGACGGAAAUUUACACCUCAAUAUAUCUCGAAAAGAAGGUCCGUGUAAAGACACGCUUGCGAUGAUCGAGCCAUUCGUCUACGAGUAUGUCACCGAGCACAAAGGAAGUGUUUCAGCUGAACACGGAUUAGGGGCGAUGAAAGUUCAAGAGCUUUGGCGAGGGAAGGACGCGGAAGAAGUUCGGCUCAUGCAAAGGGUGAAGAACAUGUUCGAUCCGCGUGGUAUUCUGAAUCCGCACAAAAUGAUUCCGUCCUCCUCUCCCCCGCUUCCUUCGAAGCUUUAG